GUAUCCCCGCCCUGCCCAGUGCAUUCCUGCUGCACGAUCCACAGGGACGCACCAUUCUCCGUUUGGGAGGUGGCUUAUCAUUCUCACAUUGUGUUUUUCCCUACAUCUAUUAGUGUUAAGCGCUAUUAAUGUUUUCAGAGUGUGGUUUGGAGGAGUUCUACAGGGAACUAUAUCUUCGCAUUUUUUUUUUCGAGGGUGAAAUCGGGAUAGCCCGGUAGCCCAGUUGGAGCGGGUACCCCCAUCGCUUAGCCAGUGGUACAGUCUCCUUGCUGCCAUGUUGGACGAUGCCUCCGUUGCUGCUCGGAUGAAAGUUUAGGCUCGGCGUUUCUGGGGAAGAUACUGGCCCUUCCGAUACCCCCAAGGACCGAAGCUGUGAACCUGCGUACCUUUUGGAGGGACCUAAAUAAAAAUAAGUCAAGCUUUUAGCGGCAGCGUUUUGAUAGUUACACUGCGCACCAAUGCGACAGGUCCGGCCACGGGCCAGCUGUGAUCAAUGACUGCUGGUCACUUAUCUAAUAGACCUGAAGAGUUGUAAUUAAUUUUUUAUUUGAUUUUUUUAAACCAUGAGUGGUCCUCCGCCGCAGAGGCGGAUCCUAAACUGCGGCUCCAUUGUCCUGACACCGCAAGAAAACGAGUGCCUCUUCGGCCAUCUGGGUAAAAAAUGCACCACGAUGUCCUCCGCCGUUGUCCAGGUCUUCUUGGCCGACAGGAGCUCCUGGGUGAAGAGGUGCUGCGGAGUCGUGUGCCUCGUCAAGGACAACUCACUGCGCUCCUAUUUCUUACGCGUCUACGACCUCAAGGAUGGAAGGCAGUUGUUCGAGCAGGAACUCUACAACAACUUCACUCUCAGCCAAUCGAAGCCGUACUUCUUAUCGUUUGUUGGAGACACCUGCCAGGUGGGCAUGAACUUCGCGAAUGACGAGGAGGCGCGGCGGUUCCGGGCGGCCGUGGGUGAUUUGGAGAAACGGCAGCAGAGGAGAACCGAGAAAAGGCGUGAUCCUCCGAAUGGACCCAACCUGCCGAUGGCCACGGUGGACAUAAAGAACCCGGAGAUCGUCAAUGCCCGUUACCAUAACAACAUGCAGGUCAACAACAUGGUGCAUAGCAACCUAAAGGACAAGGAGAGGAAGAAGAAGGGCCGAGGAGGGAAAAAGAAGCUGACCAAGGCCGACAUCGGCACGCCCAGCAACUUCCAGCACGUCGGCCACGUAGGAUGGGACCCAAACACAGGCUUCGAUCUGAACAAUCUUGACCCGGAGCUGAAGAACCUCUUUGACAUGUGUGGCAUCUCCGAGGACCAGCUGAAGGACAAGGAGACGUCCAAGGUCAUCUAUGACAUCAUCGAGAAUCAGGGCGGGGUGGAGGCCGUCAAGAACGAGCUUCGCCGGCAGGCUCCCCCACCUCCUUCUAGAGGUGGCCUACCUCCUCCACCACCUCCUCACAGUUCAGUGGCCCCUCCUCCACCCCCUAACAGAGGAAGAGGCCCUCCGCCCCCUCCCCUGCCCCCAGGACUGGCCCCACCAUCCGACCUGGACUCCACAGAGGCCCCGGGGGGUAGAUCGGCACUCCUGGACCAGAUUCGUGGGGGGGCACAGCUGAAGAAGAUGGACGCCAGCAGCAAGCCAGCCGCGAGCGGGGGGGGGCGGGGCGCCCUCCUGGACCAGAUUCGGCAGGGCAUCCAGCUGAAGAACGUGUCACAGGAGGGUCCUGAUUCGACCCCUCAACUGUCUGCCGCCUCCUCCGGCAUUGUGGGAGCACUGAUGGAGGCCAUGCAGAAGAGAAACGUGGUCAUACACUCUUCAGACGAAGACGAAGAUGACGAUGACGAGGAGGACUUUGAAGAUGAUGACGAAUGGGAUGACUAGUGAAUUUUUACAAAAUCAUGCAGACAAAUUCUUCUCAUUUCUCUAAAUGUUAUUCAGAUUAGUAUGUAAAUGGUCUGUCAAUUUGCUGUAUAUAUUUGUAGCCUUUUUAAGAAGAAAAAUUACUUGUGCAAUACCUCACUUGAUCCAAGUUUUUUCUCCCCCAUCAAGAUUCCCUCCGGCAAAUUCAUAUUUUAUAUGGACCAUUUAUAACCUCGUUCCUUCGCUGAAAUGAAAUUGUACAAAAAUCAACAAACUGACUUAUUAAAACUCUGAUCAGUGCGAGACACUGUUUUCAUAGUGUACUUUUCUCUACUUGAAAUUUCCAUAUUUGAAUUCUUCUUGAAACGUUUAUUUUUUCUCCCCAAUUCUGCUAUUUUUAAAGAUGCGGCGCCAUUUGCUCUCGCUGUAAAUUUAGGCAGAUGUGGGCCGUUUUAUUUUUGCAGGGAUUUAAAGUAAGGAAUGAGAUAAAACUGCGCCGCAGCGUGGUGGCCGGGGGUCUGGGCCAGAGCCGAGCCAUCAGCCGUCCGUCUUCAGGUCCGCUGGCACCUUCUCGGUUUUUAUCCGCUCGCACCUCGCCGGCCCGGUUCGUCCUCGGAGCAUCUUUGAUUUUUUUUUCCUUCCGGGAUUUUUCCUUUCGCCACUCACGGGCGUUUCAUGGUGCUGCUGAGCGCAUCCUAGGUCGCCGAGUCUCCAAACGCGCUCAGAAGCCGCCUUCCUGAGGAUCGUCGUCAGAACAUUUACACCAGACCUUAAAACUAGGUUGGAAAACAAAUUGAACACUAAUUUUGUAUACAUAAAUAAAUGUAAUUAUUUACAAA